AUGAAGAAAUUAAUGGAGCUGACAAUCAAAAGCGCUGCAUUGAGGGAAAGAGGUCGAGAAGUGGAGCCAGGAAAAGGAGAUCCUGGGCAUCAGCUGAUCUUGGCUCAACAAAAUUCACGCACAGCACGGUGCUGCAGGCGGCUCCUGCUUCCCCUCCCGCCCAAGGGAAAGGCGCAGGAAGCUGCCCGUCCUUCCCCGUGCUGCCGGCUGGCUCCUCUCCAGCUGUGCCUGCGGAGCACAUCUGGGCGGCGGGGCCGCGCCGCUCCGCCGCUGCCCGGCAGAGGGAGGCGUUGGGGCCGGGACUUUCUCGGGACGCACUCCGGCUGUGGGAGCGCCCGUGUCCCGGCCGGACACGCGUGGGAAGGGCUGGCCGGGCUCGGCUUCGGGGCCGUCGGGAAACGCGGAUGGCGGCUCAUUCUCUCCGUGGCCACCUUGGCGGACUUCGGGCAAACCCCGCUGUCCGUCUUCCGGGACGGAAGCGUGGCAGCGAGCGCCCGGCGUCCAGCUCCUGCUCAGGCCCAGAUCAUCCAUGCUGGGCAAGCAUGUGUGGUGAAGGAAGACAACAUCAGUGAACGCGUUUACACAAUUCGGGAGGGGGACACGCUGGUUCUGCAGUGUCUGGUCACAGGACACCCCCGGCCACAGGUGAGAUGGACCAAAACAGCUGGCAGCGCGUCGGACAAAUUCCAAGAGACGUCAGUGCUUAACGAGACCCUUCGGAUUGAGAAGAUCCAAAGGCUGCAGGGGGGCCGCUAUUACUGUAAAGCAGAAAAUGGGGUUGGGGUCCCUGCCAUCAAGUCCAUUCGAGUAGAUGUGCAGUAUCUAGAUGAACCUGUUCUCACCGUUCACCAGACCAUCAGUGAUGUGCGUGGCAGCUUCUACCAAGAGAAGACUGUCUUCCUCCGCUGCACUGUCAACUCCAACCCACCAGCUCGCUUCAUCUGGAAACGGGGAGCUGAGACACUUUCUCACAGUCAGGACAAUGGCGUGGACAUCUAUGAACCCCUCUACACACAGGGUGAAACCAAAGUCCUGAAGCUGAAAAACCUACGACCUCAGGAUUAUGCCAGCUACACAUGCCAGGUGUCUGUCCGCAAUGUCUGCAGCAUCCCUGACAAAUCCAUCACCUUCCAGCUCACAAACACCACAGCCCCACCUGCUCUGAAGCUGUCUGUCAAUGAGACGCUGGUGGUCAACCCUGGUGACAACAUCACUAUGCAGUGCUCUCUGAUGGGCGGUGACCCACAGCCAGAAGUUGUUUGGUCUCACUCUCCUGGCCCAAUGCCUCCCAAUAGCCUUGUGCAAGGAGGCAACCUCACGAUCUGGAGGAUCCGCGUGGAGGACUCGGGCUAUUAUAAUUGCACAGCCAUCAACAAUGUGGGGAACCCAGCAAAGAAGAUAGUGAACCUGCUGGUGCGGUCCAUGAAGAAUGCCACAUUCCAAAUCACUCCUGAUGUGAUCAAAGAGAGCGAGACUAUCCAGUUAGGGCAGGACUUGAAGCUCUCAUGCCAUGUAGAUGCUGUUCCCCAGGAGAAGGUUGUCUAUUCCUGGUACAAGAAUGGGAAACCAGCCAGGUUCUCAGACCGGUUGCUCAUCACCCGGAAUGACCCCGAGCUCCCACCUGUGACCUGCAGCUUGGAGAUUAUUGACCUGCGAUUCAGUGACUAUGGUACCUACCUGUGCGUGGCUACCUUCCAGGGAGCACCCAUUCCUGACCUCAGUGUGGAGGUGAACAUCUCCUCAGAGACAGUGCCACCAACGAUCAGUGUCCCUAAGGGUCAGUCCACCAUCACUGUCCGGGAAGGCUCCAGGGCAGAGCUGCAGUGUGAGGUUCGUGGGAAGCCCAAGCCACCCAUCAUCUGGUCCCGUGUAGAUAAGGAAACCCCCAUGCCUUCAGGGACAAUGACAAUGGAGACAUACGAUGGGAAGCUGCAUCUGGAGAGUGUGAGCCGAGAAAUGAGUGGGACCUAUAAAUGUCAGACAGCCAGGUACAAUGGCUUUAACAUCAGACCACGGGAAGCCCUGGUGCAGCUCAACGUGCAGUUCCCCCCCGUGGUGGAGCCAGCCUUCCAGGAUGUACGCCAAGGCAUGGGGCACAGUGUCACCUUGCGCUGCACCAUGCUGAAGGGCAGCCCCAUGAAGGUGGCCACCUCUGUCUGGCGUUUCAAUGGGACCCUCCUGGCGCAGCCCCUGGCAGAGCAGCAGGACUACUCGGAGCUGAAGGUGGACAGUGUCAGCCGGGAGACCAGUGGGACCUACGAGUGCAGCAUUUCCAAUGACGUGGGAGUCUCCACCUGCCUCUUCCAGGUGUCUGCAAAAGCUUAUAGCCCAGAAUUUUACUAUGACACUCCCAAUCCCACCUUGAGCCAGAAGCAGUCCAAGAAUUACUCUUACAUCUUACAGUGGACACAGAAGGAGCCAGAUGCUGUGGAUCCCAUCCUCAAGUACCGUCUGGAACUCCGGCAGCUGUCUCAGAGAAGCACCAUCCAAACCUUCAUUCCUGUGAAGAAAAUGGAGAAAGGCCUGUUGCUGGAACACAUCUUGCCCAACCUGAAAGUGCCUCAGAGCUAUGAAGUUCGCCUGACACCCAUCACCAGUUUUGGGGCUGGAGAUAUGGCUGCCCGCAUCAUCCGGUACAUGGAACCAAUCAACUAUCCCAACCCAACAGAUAACACCUGCCGCUUUGAGGACGAGAAGAUCUGCGGCUUCAUGCAGGACAAGAUGGACAACUUUGACUGGACCCGGCAGAAUGCCCUCACCCAGAACCCCAAGCGCACCGUCAACACCGGGCCCCCCACGGACAUCAGCGGUACGCCGGAGGGCUACUACAUGUUCAUUGAGGCGUCCCGGCCCCGGGUGACAGGAGACAAAGCCCGGCUCAUCAGCCCCCUCUACAACAUUACUGCCAAGUACUACUGUGUCUCCUUCUACUACCACAUGUAUGGGAAGCACAUCGGCUCCUUGAACCUGCUAGUCCGUGUGCGGAACAAGCGAGCCAUUGACACCCAGGUCUGGUCACUCAGUGGGAACCGGGGGAACAUGUGGCAGCAAGCACAUGUGCCCAUCAACCCGCCUGGGCCCUUCCAGUUAAUUUUCGAAGGUGUCCGGGGCACGAGCUACGAGGGGGACAUUGCCAUCGAUGACGUCACUCUGAAAAAGGGAGACUGUCCAAGGAAGCCAAUUGGACCAAAUAAGGCGGUUGCUCUUCCAGGAAGUGGUGUCCCAGCCCUGCACAGCCCUUGUCUUUGUGGCCCAUUGACUUUCUUCCUUUACGUGCUGCUCAGAUGAUGGCAAGCGAGCGCUCCUGUCUUCGGACCAAGACAUUCCUGCUCCUUUCCUGAUCAGCCACCUCUGCUCCUUUUCCUACCCUCCUCACUGGCACACCAAAGUGUCCAUAUGUUACCAAAGACUGACAGGCAUGACCACGCAAAGGGAUCUGGUUCAGAACUGGAGCACUCCUUGAGAAAGUCGUAAUGUCUAGAACAAAGUUUAAAAAUAAAGACAAAACUUUUUUUAAAAGCACGUGCACGAGAGAGUGAGAGAGAGAGAGGAAGGAAGAAAAGAAACAGAAACAGACAGAAAAGAAGGAAUGAAAGACAAAAAAUAGGAUGAAGAAAUGUGAAGAGCAAAUGAAGGAGGAAAAAAACACCCCCAUGUUUCCUUGGGAAUGUCGGACAGGGCUUCCUCAGGGAAGUGGGAACUUGUUUUAAACAAACAAACAAAAAUAUAUUAAAGCACAAAUUUCUACCA